GAGAAACCAAAGAUAGAAAAGAAAGUGCAAGAAAAAUCAGAAUACCGUGUGUGUAUCUUCUUCAAAGAUUCAAUGGAUGCUGCUGCUUGUUCUUGGCCCAGAAUACGUCACCACCCUCUUCGCAACAAUGCCUCAAUUUCCCCUAAAUAUGCCUCCUCAUCCAACUUCUUUUUUCCAUCAUCCCUUUAUAAUAUUAAUAACAACAACAAGAAGAAGAAGGUUAGAACCAUGGCUGCGGCUGCAUCACAGCAUCCACAAAGAAGCCCAAUGCAAUAUAAUCAACUCGGGGAUUCUAACCUUGUUGUCAGUGAAAUCACUUUCGGCACCAUGACUUUUGGUGAGCAGAACACUGAAAAGGAAGCUCAUGAAAUGUUAUCCUACGCUUGUGAAAAUGGCAUUAAUACUUUAGACACUGCAGAAAUGUAUCCGGUUCCAGUGAAGAAGGAGACUCAAGGUUUAACAGAUAUUUACAUUGGAAAUUGGCUGAAAUCUCGUCCUCGUGACCAGAUUAUAUUGGCCACUAAAGUGUGUGGUUACUCCGAAAGAUCUACUUAUGUACGAGAUAAUGCAGAAGUUGUGAGGGUUGAUGCUGCCAACAUUAAAGAAAGUGUUGAGAAAAGCUUAAAACGUCUUCAGACUGAUUACAUCGAUUUAUUACAAAUUCAUUGGCCAGAUCGCUAUGUGGCUUUAUUUGGCGAGUUCUUGUAUGACCCUUUAAAAUGGAGGCAAAGUGUACCAUUUGUAGAACAGCUCAGGGCCUUUCAAGAACUUAUUGAAGAAGGAAAGGUACGCUACAUAGGAGUUUCAAAUGAAACUUCAUAUGGAGUCAUGGAAUUCGUAUAUGCUGCAAAAGCUGAAGGACUUCCAAAAAUUGUCAGCAUUCAAAACAGUUAUAGCCUGCUAACAAGAUGCAAGUUCGAAGUUGAUCUUGUUGAAGUAUGCCACCCAAAUAACUGCAAUAUUGGGCUACUUUCUUAUUCUCCCCUGGCUGGUGGAGCUUUAAGUGGAAAGUAUUUGGAUUCGGAGUCUGAAGCUGCUAAAAAGGGCAGGCUUCAGCUGUUCCCUGGAUACAUGGAAAGAUACAAUAAAUCCAUUGCCAAGGAAGCAACGGCACAAUACAUUGAGAUGGCAAAGAAACAUGGACUCAGUCCAGUUGAGCUAGCACUUGGAUUUGUGAGAGACAGACCAUUCAUGGCAAGCACAAUCAUCGGCGCAACAUCUUUAGAACAGCUAAAAGAGGAUAUCGACGCUUUCUUGACUACAGAGAGACCCUUGAAUCCAGAUGUGAUGGCGGAUAUUGAAACUAUAUUUAAGAGAUACAAAGAUCCCACAAUCCUGUAGAUAUUGAAAGUACAUUCAAGAGAUACAAAAUGUUAAAAGGUAUGAGUGGAUGUGAAAUCAAGACUAAAGUUACCUAGUGUACAAUUUUGUUACUAGCUCCGCAAAUUUAUUUUUUAUUUUUUUGAGCUAUAAAAUUUCAAUAACUUUGUUAGUCUAUAAUUUCUGAAAAACACUACGAUGUCGUUAACAAGUACUUGGUAGUCAUGUAUUUUUGUAAUACAAUUAUACUGAGUAUUUGAAAAAGUACAAAAUA